AUGAACCACGGACAGACGGAUGAAGAAAAAUUGGCGCGAGCAAAGCAGUUUGGAGCAAAAGGACUUGCGAAAGAGAAUAAGCAGGAAUGGGAAGAGGCGGCGACGUGCUUCAUGCAAGCUGUGCUUCUCUAUGAAAGAAUCAGGGGAGAAGAUGACGAGAAAGUUAUCGUGUUACGGGACCACUGGGCAUUGAAUCUUCACAAAGCCAAGCUCUACGAGCAAGCCAUAUCUUGCAAUAAAGAAAGCCUCAAACGGAGGCUCAAAUCGGGGGUAAAGCCCGACGAUUGGGCGCUUCUGGAAAAUCGACGGCAUCUCGCUAGGAAUUACGACAGAAGCGGGCAAUUCAGAAAUGCCAUCGUGGAGUAUCGCGCCAUUCUUACUUCACAAAAUUGUACUGUAACGCGACGGGAAGGCAAGAAUACCGGAAUCGAUGAAUUGUGCGAGGACGCCAUUCAAUGCCUGGAUCUCUCGCUUGAGUAUGCUCAGCAACGUGGGAUGUCAGGAGAAGCCAAAACUUACCUGCAGCGUGAUCUCACCCUCUGUGAUCGAGUGUGGAGGAAUGUCAAAGCGAUCGUGAAGGAGUCACGAGCAGAAGUAGCUGCUUUUCCUGAACUGCAAAGUAAACUUGCAUUUGCUUCGAAAGAGCUUGGACAGAUGAAAAGAUCAGUGGAUUAUCUGAAAGGCGACACUGUUUCUCUCGGUCAGAGAGAGCCAAACCGGGCGAACAAUGGUGGGAACAAACAGUGGAAGGGCAAAAAGAAGGAAGAGUCAUCGCCAACUCAAUCACCAUCGUCAUCCGAAAAUCGCGUCAUCAUCACAGCCCCUUCCGAGGUAAAAUCCGGAGACGGCAAGAGUGAUGUGGAAUCCAAGGCGCCUUCUCUGAACCAAAAACGAGUCACCAACGGCGCAACACCUGUGCAGUCCCAGAAGGAGCAGAAGAAACUUGCUCCGCCGACUCUUAAUGUUGAUCCAGCACCUCGUGUCCGAUCUCGAAGUCAGCCGCCUGCCCCUGACAAGGGUGUCGGCCGGCGACGGUCAGUGAACAUGAGAGUUGAACCCAAGAAGACUCAGACAGACAGCUCCAAAGCCUCCAAAGACUUAUCAUUACCGUCAGGUUGUGACACCAGUGCUCCCCUAUCAUUUACCAAGGAUCUAGGCAUGCUAUUUGGCGCCUCCCGCGAGAACCAAACGGAUAAAUGGUUCCUCAAGCUAGAGGCUACAGUUCACACAUUCCUGAACAGGCACCAACAGAGUGAACGAAGAAACAAGAUCAAAAUAGCGGUACUCGAUACCGGAGUCGCAAUCGAAAGCGCUUCUAAGAUGAAAGUGGCCCAGAAACUCAAAAACAAGAUCAUCGAUACAAAAGGUAAUGGGAAAAAGCUCGCGAACGGCCUUGAUCCAAACGUGGAUAACAAUGGCCACGGAACAGACUGCUUCUGCCUGCUGAUGCGCGUCUGCCCCUACGCCGUAAUAUAUCCCUACCGCAUUGUAUCGGAAGAUAUUAACGAAGCCGACGGAAUCAACCCGGAAUAUGUGAAGGAGGCCUUGGACCACGCCAUUAACACACGUAAAGUCGAUAUUGUCAGCAUGUCCUUCGGGUGGCAGUACAACUCCCACGAGGGUCUAAGAAACAUUAUUACGGAAAGCAAGAAUGUUCUCUUGUUUGCCGCUACCUCCAACGAUGGGCGGGAUAUCAAAUAUCCAGCAAGCGAUGACCAUGUCAUUGGAAUUGAUGCCGCACACCACAACGCUAACCCUUCCCGCGAUAACCCCAGCUCAGCCGACACACAUCUAGAAAGAUUCUCCGCCCUUGGAGUGGACAUUUUGUCAGUAGUCCAGGAUGAAAGAAGGCGUGGGACAUCAUUCGCUACUCCAGUCGCAGCUGCCACUGCCGGUUUACUUUUGGAGUUCGCAAAACAGCCGCCUUUAUGCUUCGCCCCAGAGGUUCAGGCAUGCUUGAAAACUAAGACCGAUAUGCUAAAAGUCAUCCGUGCCCUUUUCGUAUUCCAAAAGCAAGGCUUCAAGUUCAUCGAUAUAACGAAGCUUUCUGAGUUCAAUGGAGAGGAUGACGCUGGCCGACAAGGCGCAUGGUACUUGCCAAGCUCACAGCGAUAUAGAGCCGCUAUGAAGGUUCUUGAGGUGCUUCGGGGAUACCAUGGGCCAGAAUUUGGAAAGGCGGUUGAGGAAAAUUGCGAAAAAUGCUGGCAAGAAAGAAUCGCUGCAGCUGCCUCAAAGGCAGAUGGACAUGGGGAAUAG